CUUUUCGUUUUUGAGAUGGCCGUUUCGACGAGCAGCGCUGCUCAGCUGGCAGAUUGGCUCCAGAACACUGUGCACUACCAGCCACCCGCCGCCGCCGCACAUCCUCGGAGCACCCACGGUACAGCCAGUAGUGCCAGUGCACGCCCUGCCCCGCUGCAGCCGGACGCAGUCGAGUGGCUCUUUGGGACGAGCUCGCAAACCGACGCCUUCCUCAAGUGGCUCGUCCAAACCGUGCGCCCUGCGUCCGUCCUCUCGCCAGAAGACGCACUCGUAUCGCGGCAGCUCUUGGCGAACGGAUCGAGAUUUCUAACUGGGCAAGCGCUGGAACAAGCACUUGCAGCGUUGCAAAACGAUGAAGACUGCGAGGACUCGGUCGAAAAGCUCGAGAGCGAUAUUGCCGCGCUGACUGUCGAACUUGCGCAAUGUAAACAGCAAGUUAGCAUUGCAUCUACGCAACGAGACAAACUCAGUCAACUGAGCAACCAGCUCUCAAGUCGCGCCUCGCACCUUCGGCAACUGGAAGUAGCGGAAGCAGCAGUGCUUACCGCCGACAUGAAGAACUGCGAAAAGCUGAAUGCCAAUAUGAAUGCCGUCUUCAAUGACGUCUCCCAGGCCAUUCAUAAGGCGGUUGAGGCAACGAGUUCCAGCAGCAGUGAGAUUGGGACAACCCUGUCGUCAAUGGAUUGCACCGAGUAUAACGACUUUGAGCUCAAGUAUUCAUCUGCCAUCAAGCAAUAUCAUAGCCAGCGUUUCUUCAAUGGGGUUACGGAACACUUGUGCGCGACUCCUGCCUCACGGCACGAACUCUUGGACCGAAUGCCGCCGGAAGCAUUGCUCUUGAGUCCGGACAAACCCGAAAUGAGCCAUCACCAACAAUCCGAGACCGAGCGGUUGGAGCAUGCAAUUCAAGAAGCAAUUGUGGCCCAUAUUCAAGAGCUCAGCAAUUUAGACGCCAGUGCUGCAAACGCCCAACAACUCCAGCGAGCUCUGCAUGCUCUCAGUAGUCAGGCGUCGUUGUCAGCGGACGCAACCAAUGCCAGACAACAACUUGAGGACAAGCGGCAUCGUGCUGAACAGGCUGAUGUGCUCGCGCGAACUUUGCUCAACGAAGCGCAAGCCAUGGCCGCGCCUCUCGCGCAAAAGCAUACACUCCCUCUUCUGCUGACAGAUUGUCGAUUCAAGCUCUCGCGCCAGCAUUAUCUCGCAACGAAUCUCGACACGAUUUCCAAACUACUCCUGGCGCAACAAGCUCGGCGCGAAUUCUUACGCCUGAGUCUUGAGCUGGAUGAAGGAACUCGCAUUCACGAGCAAGGUCUCGUGCGUUCCCUUGUCGCAUCGACCGAACUUGCGUCUUCUCAAUUCCGGCAGCGCAUGACUUUGCUGAGCGAUCCACUCCUGUCCAACAUUGCAGCCAACAAAAAGACAAUCGAUGAAAGCGACCCGACGCUCCUGCGCCUUCACGGCGUGUUGAGUCGAGCCACGGCUGGAUGGCGGUAUGCAUCCCUUGACAGCACUCAGGCUGAUGUUGCCUCUUACGCCCAGCUGGUGCAAUACGGUCGCCAUUUGCAAGAGAGCACGCAAUCCACCCUUCGUCGACUGGAUGCCAGACAUGCGCAGCGACAGCAGCAUGUUGAUGCCGUAACAACGCAAAUCGGCCAGCUCGAAAAGGUGCUUUACCAAGAUGCCGCGACGCACGAAAUCCGCCUUACCUCAAAAGACUUGCAGUCAACCAUCGAAGAGUUGCUGCAUUCGCUCGACCAGUUGGCCAAGGGCAUGGACGAAGUCAUUCAGCGACGCGAAAAAUACCGACAGGCACUCCUGGACGACCCUCUGCUGGACGCCCAACGAUCCCUGUUUGUCCACUUUUUGCUCGAACCCGAGCAACUGUUGGCCAACAUUAAUCAACUGCAACAACGGUUGGCCAGCUAUCAAGCUCGAAGCUAGCUGUGUUUGGUUUAAACUCAUAUAAUUCAAACAUUUCGGUGGUCAUCCUUCCUCGUCUGUUGCCGAGUCUGCUAGUUGAAGAAACCAUAAUUAAUGACUAUAAUACAAGCGAAACAAAAGAG